AUGUGGAGCAGAUCUUACUCUAAGAAGGCCUUGCAAAUGAGCAGCCCUGGCAGCAGAGUUAGGGUCCACAACCCGUCACAGUUCCGAGGCCACGGUUCCAUUUCAGGUGCCCAUGGAAGCCCUGCUUUGUGUGUGCCUGCUGUGGAACUGGGAACAGAGCUCCACCAGCCGUACGUCAAUGAAAAAGAAGAGAUGCAAGAGCUCAAUGUCAAGUUUGCCGGCUACAUUGGCAAGGUACAGUCACUUGAGCAGAGGAAUGCUACUCUUCAGAAGGAGCUGACCAAGCUGCUGGCUUCCAACAAGGGGGCCACCAACGGCAUCGCAGAAGAAUACGAGCUGAAGUUUAAAGAAGUGCGGGAUGUGAUUGAAGCCCUGACCAAUGAGAAAGGGACAGCUGAUAUUGAAAGAGGCUACCUUGAAGAGGAAGCUGAAGUUUGGAAGGUAAAGCUGGAUGAAGAGCUGGCCCUUAGAGAAGAGUCAGAAAUGAUAUUGAGAGAGUUUAGCCAAGAUGUUGAUAACGCUACUCAGCGAAAGGCCGAGUUAGAGAAGCACAUCGAGCAGCUUGUGGUCGAGAUAAAGUUCCUGAAGCAGCUGCACGAUGAAGAAGUGGCUGACCUGUUGAAGCAGAUGGAAGAUUCCAAAGUGACCAUUGAAUUUGAUGAAGAGCGGCCCGAUCUCGCCGCCUACCUGCGCAACAUGCGGACAGAGAUGGAGGCUCUUGCAGCCCGCAAUGUCCAGGAGGCCGAGAAAUUGUACAAGAACAAGUUUGACACCCUCAAAGAGCAUGCCAGUAAGCAUGAGGAGCAGAUGAAAAUCACGAAAGAUGAGAUCGCAACAUUGCACGGGCAGCGGACAGACCUUCAGAGCCAGAUUGACAGCCUGAGGGCUCGCAACACUGCUCUUGAACAGAUGCUGGAGGGCAUGGAAGUAGCCCAUAUGGAUAAGGCGGCGAACCACAGGGAGGUUAUCACUCAGUUAGAGACCCAGCUUUGUGAGACCAAGCUUGAGAUGAACGAGCAUCUCCAAGACUACCAGGAAUUGCUGCACACCAAGCUCAAGCUGGACACAGAGAUCACCACCUAUAGGAAGCUGUUGGAAGGAGAGGAGCAGAGGCUGGGGAUAACCAAAGAUGACUGA